AUGGAAGUAGGGAAUGAGAAGCAUACUUCAUUCUGGUAUGAUGUCUGGUCCAAGCAUGGUUACCUCAAAGUUGCUCUGGGUGAAUGUGGUCUGAUUGAUUUAGGCAUUGCUGAUAAUGCCUUGGUGUCAGAUGUUCUUGGGAGGCAGCAAAGAAGUAGAAGACACAGAGUUAGUAUCUUAAAUGAGGUGGAGAAUGAGAUAGAGUUUCUUCGCUUGGCUGACCAUCAGGGUAAUGAUACUGCUCUAUGGAAGCAAGAGGAAGGUAGAUUUGUAAAUAGAUUUUCAUCUAAAAGAACUUGGGAACAGAUUCGCAAUAGCCAUCAAGCUUGCAACUGGAGCAAAGGCAUCUGGUUUGCCCACUCGACUCCAAAGUACUCCUUCUUUGUGUGGAUUGUUAUGCGUAACAGACUGCAAACGGGAGACAAAAUGCGUUUAUGGAAUGUUGGGAUUGAUGCGACCUGCAUUCUAUGUAAUGAAGAUGAAGAAACAUGUGAUCAUCUCUUCUUCGGCUGCAGAUUUUGGAUGUGGACAACACUCAUAGUCUCAGAUGUCCUUGAGAACUUGAGUCUGACACUCAUGAAGUGUGUCAAGUUUCUAAGGGAGAUCCAGGGAUACGGUGGUCUUAGCAUGUGCAUGGAACAAGUCAUUUCGAAGAAAUUGAGGUUUGUUAUAAUAGCUGGAGAACUUAUUGGUAAACAAGUGCUUCAGUAG